GUCAGCUAAACGCGCGCGCUCCAUAACGAAAGCGCUAUUUGGCGGCGCUCCGGCUGGCUUGUUGUCUAGUUGGCGCUCCAACAAUAUUGGUUUUACGUGUGCUUUAUUUGUUGUCACACAGCAGUGGAGCUCUCCAGUUUGGCGUAGUGAAAUAAAGAAAAAUAAAAUACGGUCGUGCUGUGUGACGCGAUCGAAAGCGAGUUUAUUCGGUAGCGCGCCUCCAUCUAGAGAACAUCAAGGUGGUCGCAAUAACGACAUAAACGCAUUGAUAAUUUUUCAUAUUUGUCAGUUACAAGCGAUAUUUCCGCAGUUUACGUAUUUCUUGCCAACUAGCGAGCGUACAUAAGUGGUAAUAACACGCCUUAUCAGUUGGCGAAUGGCGUUUGGAUUAUAGCAAUUUAUAGCAGUGGCAGCAAGUGCAGCAGCGGCAUCAGCAGCAUUAACAUUCAUAAAAAUAUUAUCAACAUUUAUGGUGGAUAUUUACGAAGUUCUUACGUGUUUUCACCAUAAUAAGAAAUUAAAUAACUUUUUUGGUGAAAUUCUACAGCAAAAAAAAAAAACAAUUACUACAACACUGUGGCAACAAUUAUACAAUAAAAACGCACAUUUUGCAACACUGAAACAGCAUCGAAAGCAAUUGACAGCGUCAACAGAGCUGACAGCAACAACAAUCGUGUAGAAAGCAGAGAAACAGAGAGAGGAGGAGAGCGAGCCUUAUAUAGUUUGACAUUUGUUGAUUCUGACAAGCGUUUAGUUGCCGCAGCUAAAAGGAAUCGAAGAAAAGUAAUGGUCCAAUAAUCGACGGUACGGUCCGUUUAGAAUUUGUGUUACAUUUAGAUAAAAAAUUGGUUGAAAUUAAAAAUAGGAAUCGCAAACUCUGCGCGACGUGCAUGUUACCUGUGUGUUCGGUCGUUUUUUAAGUGUGCAAGCAAAUUGGACGAGCCACAUGCGUUAAUUUGACAGUUGCGUGCAGCUGUCUCGUCGAUUUCUUGUUUUUGUGGUGUCCGAUUCGAUUCUAAUACGAUCUGAGAUUCCCUCAAAAAGUGUCAAAAGUGCGUUUUUGUGUUUAUUUUUGGAAUACAAGUGUUUGCUGUCUUGCACAGGCCACAAAAGGCACCAAAAUAAAGAGCACACAAAUUGGCCGUGUUUACACUGCUUAUACGAAUUUGAUUCAAUUUAAAGUUGAAACGAAUGAGAAAGUGAUAUUGAAGUGGUGAGGUUUGCAGUGCCGUGCCGUGCUGUGCUGUUUGAUAUCGACUAUCAAAGCAAGUGCUCCUGCUAACAACUGCCGAUUACGGUGCAUCAAAAGCCUGCGGCAAUAGCAGCCACAGUACCACUGCGUCUACAAGCAACCGCUAUAUACAACAGCAGUUGCUACCAAGUGUGUGUGUGUUUGUGUUAUUUAAUAAAGGUGUAAACAUAAAUUCGUCACGGUGGAGAACUUCUACCUUAGAAUGGAUCCUACGCGAGGUGACUCGCGCUACAACCUCAACUACCCCAUGAGCGGUAUCGGCCUAAGUUUGGCCGAUCAAGCCGACUUAUAUGGUGGUAAUCCUGCGGCUGUUAGUGCGCUUGGCGGCCGUCCACCAUCAGGCGGCCUCAUACAGCCGAUGGGUGGUGGUGCCGGUGUAGGAUUCAGCUCCCGUGCUAGCGGUCUCAUGCCCAACAGUACACAGUGUCAAUCGUUGGUUAGCGGCGCAGGCAACAGUACUGUUGGCCAUUCAAGUCAACAGCGUGGUAUAAAACGUGCUGGUUCCGAUUGUUAUGAAGACCAUCAUCGUAGCAGUAGUGCUACGGGCAUGUCUACGCAAUCGCUGCAAGGACUCGAUUGUGUUGGCGGUAGUGCGCAACAAAGUGCACAGCAGCAGCAGCAGCAACAACAGCAGCAGCAACAGCAACAGAGUCAAGUGAGUGGCAAUGUGCCGGAUGUGGUGGACGACAGUUAUACUGCGUUGCAAAACAAAAAGUCACCUCCUGCUAAUGGCAAGAAGACAAAAGGGCGAGUCAAAAUCAAAAUGGAAUAUAUCGAUAAUAAAUUGCGUAGAUAUACGACAUUUUCCAAACGCAAAACCGGCAUCAUGAAGAAGGCAUACGAACUGUCCACACUAACUGGCACCCAAGUGAUGCUGUUAGUCGCCUCAGAGACUGGACACGUUUAUACGUUCGCUACCCGCAAACUACAACCAAUGAUUACAUCCGAGGCUGGUAAACAACUAAUACAAACAUGUCUCAACUCACCCGAUCCGCCCAGUGUGGGCGGCGGUGAUCAACGCAUGUCAGCGACUGGCUUCGAAGAGACCGAAUUAAGUUAUAACAUAGCGGACGAGGACUCAAAAGUAAGACAAUUAAUUUACGGUCAUCAUGGUCACGCCCAUCUCAGUCAUCCGCAAGCGCCUGCAUCACACUACGGACUCGAGCAGAGUAUAAUGCAAUCGCCAUAUAGCGGUGGCCAACCAUCGCCACUGUCGCAUGCGCAAGCGUAUGCCACACAUGGCGGACAUGCGCAUCACACGCACGUGCCACAUGUGCCACAUUCGACGCAUUCGCAUAUGUCGCAUACGCAUGCGCAACGAUAGAAGUGUGUGGGUGCCAUGCCGCCUGCCUACAAAUGUUGGCCGUUACGAGGUCUACGUUAAGCGUUAGAAUAGCAAAAAUACAGCGAAAGUGUAACAAGCUUUUUCAGAACUUGCAGGCCUAUGAAAGCUUUUUACCAAGCUUUCAUGCAUAUGAAAGCUUACCACAUCUGCGCAUUUUGCUUACGCUGCAGCUUGCGUCUGUGUGCAUAGUGUUAAUGCUUGCUUGCAGCUUAGCGUUAGUUUAUUCAUAUCUUUGAGGGAAUUUAUGGUGUCAGCUGUCAACUGUCAGCUGUCAUAUCAUUUGUUUAUUAGUUAACUUAACACUUUUUCACUUUUCAACGCGUGUACUUAAGCAAUUAACUAAUUAGUUAAAAUCCAGACAUUCCAAAUUGUGCCUUACAUUUUAACUACCGUUAUUUCGUUUGGCUACGACAAAAUAGUAGUUCAUAUUCGUAAGCUUUCUUAACUACAAUUUCACUUAGUUGUAUGUAUCGAAUAUAAAUGAAUAUGAUCAAUGAUCUCGCCUUUAAUUAGAACAUAAAUGCUCAGUAAUUUAAUAUGAUAUGAACGGUAAAGUGAAAAAUAAGAUAUAAAAAAAUAUACAAAAACAAAAUACGUACGAAUAUACGAAACUAGUCAUUUAUGAUGAGUUGACACGAAUCUAUAAAACGAUAACAUGACAAAAUCUACAUACCAUCCACUCUCGUACAUACCUACCUACUCGUACAUACAUAUAUACAAUUCUGAUUGUAAACUCAAGUAAGUUGAACUGUGCCAUAUUUUUACUUCAAUUUCACGAAAAGAAAGCGAAACACACAAAACAAAUGCGGAAGCUAAAGACAAUCGAACACAUGUUUUAGCACGGAGUGCAUAAAUGCAAUGAAGCGCGCUUUUAGGCGCAAAGCCUUGCGUCAUUGUCGCUUUGUCUUCGCUUCGUGCAAUUACAACAACGUGUACCCCAGUGCCAUAAAUUGGAGCUUAAUGUACCCACUCUAGCUAAGAAUAGCAUAACAACAACAGUUGUUGUAGAAAACGGACAAAAAGUGAAAAAAGAGCGCAAAGAGAGCAACUAGUGAAUUUUUUUUUUUUUAAUUAUUUAACGGAAAAUCUUAAACUGAAUUCUGUGCCAUUUUUGAACCAACUCGAAGGCUUUAAGUUUUCAACGGCUAUUUGCAGAAAGUAGAAGAAGUAGAAAGCAACAAAA